UAUAUGACGAUCCAACUCGAUUAUGGCUUUGAUUUGGUCAUCAUCAGCUUGCAAUGGCCGACCUGAACGUUGCUCAUCUUUAAGUGAAAAAUCUCCAGAACGAAACUUAUCAAACCAAUUGCGGCACUGUCUUUCUUUUAAGGCUUCCUCACCAUAUACGUCACGUAACUUUUUAGCAGCCUGCGCUGCGUUUUUUCCUUUGCGGAAAUAAAAAAGUAAAAUAUGACGAAAAUGCUCGUUAUUGGACUCCAUACGAAAACUGACGCCAAACUAACAAUUUUUAACAAAAACACGUGCUUCUAAAGUCAACUAAGAGUGACAGCUUACAAACGUCAAAAGAAAAAUAUCAUAACAUUGAUAGAAGGCAUUCAAACAGACGCUUAAAGCCAUCUAUUGGAGCCAUCGGCAAUUACUUUUCGGGCAACCCAAUAUAUGAGAUGAAGCGAACUAAAGCUGAUAUGAUUGGCUGAGUCUGAAUCUUUAUCUUCUUCAUGCGACCUCUCUUCUAUGUGACUUCUCAGACUUAGUGAUCAAAACAUGGAAAAGAUAGAUGUCGAAUUAUUGAGAUUCUCUCGUUAUUCUUUGUUGCAGUAACUGAAUACCCUUAAAACGUUAGAAAUGAUGGAAUCCGCAAGCACAAGUUCAUCUAUUAGUAUUUGUAAAUUGUGUAACAAACGCACACAUUUAUAUACUUGUCCACGCUGCGGCAUAGGCUAUUGUGGGGUCGAAUGUUACAAAUCAGAUGCUCAUUCGGAUUGUUCUGAGAGUUUUUACAGGCAAUGUGUCGAGGACGAGCUAAAAUCUCAGAAAAAUGAUCCUACUGUUGAGCAGAAGAUGAUGGAGAUCCUUAAAAGAGUACACGAGGAAGAUUUGGAAGAUGAUAUUUUAGGGGAGGAGAAUAUUAACGAAGAGGAUUCUCCAUUGGACUCUGAUGAUGAUCUGGAACUUCCCGAUUUAGAAGUUAGAUUACAGAAUGUUAAUCUUGAUGAUCCUGAUGAGCUGUGGUCAGCUUUAUCUAAUACUGAAAAGCAGGAGUUCGAAGCGCUCCUGAAGAAUGGAGAGGCAGAAAAAUUAUUGCCCAAGUGGGUCCCAUGGUGGACUCACCGUCUAGAAAAAAAACUUGUUCAUCUUAUUGAAGAAGAUGGUACAAAUACUCACAGUGAUUUAAAGUAUCCUGUUUUAAUAGACGUACCAUUAUUUAACGAACUUCAGAAAGCAUCUCCCUACGUAUAUUUUAAUGUGAUAAAUGUGACAUAUGCUUAUGCAUAUGUAGCUCUUUAUUAUAAUGGAGAUUACCUUGAUUGUGCUGAGGAUGCUACCAAUGUCUUUUUAACUGUAUGUAUGAACAUGAAGAACAAUAAAGUGUUUGACAAUGCAGAAUCAGCGAUUGAGUCGAUUAUAGAAAAUGUUAAAAGCGUUGAUUAUUUGCCACAAGAUAAGCAAACAUUAACAACAUUAAAAGAAGCUGGAGCUUCUAUCUUGCAAGGGCCAGCUUUUGAAAUGAAAACUGUUUACACAUCUGCGGCUCUCUCCGAACUACACAGAUUACUAACAGCAGCCAGGAAAGAAAUUUCAAUGCACAAAGAUACAACCAACAAUCAAGAAUUUACAAGGAGAUUUUCUCAAAAAUGUAGCCUCGACACCACUCUGUCGAAAAAAACUAUACUUCUGUGUUUAAAGAAAUUGGAGUACUAUCUAUCAUGGAUAAAAAGCCACGAGGCAGAAUUGCGAAGUAUCGUCGGUGAUUGAAACUAAGAGUAGAAAAAAAAAUAUUUAGAUAUCAUUUUUGUCUGUGAGUUAUUUCUUCUGAUUAAAUAUCCCUCCUUCGGAAAAAAAAU